UAAUGUAUGAUGAAGCUGAUGGAGAAUAAUUUGAAAUAACACCUUCAGAUGAUGGAUUGGAGGAUGUGGAAGUUAUUGUGAAUAAGGAAAAACAAUAUCAACAAGAAUUGUUGUAAGUAUUAAAGUAGAAGGAAGAUGAACAUAAAACAUUAAGACAAGAAUUAGAAGAUAUUGUAUGCAAAAUAUAGCAAAUCUAAUUAAAGUGUAUUAGAUUGAUAUUUAUAAAUAGAAUACUAAGAAGAAAGACCUAUGGUUGAUCCUUAUCUUAGAGAAUAUAUGUAAGAAUUGGGUGAAUAACAAUUAUUUGAUUUAGAAUCUCAAAGAUAAGAAUUAAAGGGAGAAAAACAAGGCAAAAUUGAAUAAUUGAGAUAAUUACAAUAGGCUAAGAAUUAAAUAAAAUUAUUCUUUACAUAAACUGAGAUUUCAAGCUAUUUACAAAUUUCAUACAAAAAUAUGUUAGAGAAUCUUAAUCAAGAGUUAUUCUAAUAUAUGUAAGAAAGAGCAGAUUUGGAAGAUGAAUAAUUUGGUUUUGACAAACGACUCAAAUCUCUGAGAUCCUAAAUUAGAGUAUGAUAUUCUUAUAAAUUUAGGAAGUAACAGAGAAGAAUUAAAAAAUUAUUCAAUAAAUAGAGAAUAACAAAUAAAUUGAAUGA